AUGGACGCCGCCAAAGCAUCCGUCAAGAAGUUCAUGUCCAGCUCUGGUCACCACGACACAUCUGUUCACGAGAAGGUUGCCCCUGCAGUGCAGCAAGAGACAAUCAACCGUGAGCAGCAUGAGCGACAAACCACCGCCGUCGACAAGGAGGUUCACCAGGACCACUACCACACCACAGUGCAGCCAGUGAAGGAUUCGGAAGUCCUUCCUGAGCAGCACCAUCACAACAUGAUGCCAACCGAGCACCGUUCGUUCGAGCACGACAACUCUGACAGCGUGAAGCGGUCGCUUGAUACCGAGCAAGCCAAGUACUACGACACAACAUCCCAAGUGGAGGGUCGCCAUACCACCACUGCCGAGCCCACCGUGGCUGGGGAGCACGUACACCACCAUGUGCAUGAGACCAUUCAGCCUGUGGUUCAGAAGCAGACCGUUGAGCCUCACGUCAUGCACACAACUGUUCCGGUUCAUGAGGUUCAUCACAAUGAGUCCAAGCACCACGCGUCCAGCGCUCUCCCCGCCGUCUCCAUGGACGAUUUCAAGAAGUCCGGCGGUGCUCUGACUGGUCGUGACGAGCGCCACGACAGGUUUGAUGGCUGCCCACCUGAGCAAAUCUCCGGCAACACUGGAGGACACUCCAGCUCCACCACAUCGAGCGCCGUGCCACCGACCACCGGUAGCAGCACCAGCCGUGAUUUGAACGGCACCACCAGCAACUCGAGCAGCAUGGCCCCGAAUACCAUUACCGACACUAAGUCUAGUAGUUCUGGCGGACCCUUCAACAGCCACAAGCACGACCCAAGUCUGUCACAGUCUACGUCCAACAGCUCCGGGCAUCAGCACCCAACCCCUGCUUCCUACGGCAACGACAUGCACACCGAGAAUACCAGUUCCACUUCACAGAGCAAGCCCAGUAUGAUGGACAAGCUCAACCCGAAGAUGGAUGCUGAUGGUGAUGGAAAGUCGGGCAUGAUGAGCUAG